CCAAGAACGACAACUCACAGUGAGAUUGCAAACAUAAACAAACCCAUAAUUUUGAUAUUUUAAGCAAUGGUAAAGGUUGCAGUUUUGGGAAGUGGACUGUUGGGUACCAAAAUAGCAGGUGAAUUAGCUUAUCAUGGACAUAGAGUGAAAAUAUAUUCCAAUCAUUUGGACUCUUUAAAUACAGUUUUUCAACGAAUGGAAGAAGAUAAGCACCAAUUAAGACAAGAUGGCAUUUUGCUUAACAAAAACUUCAUAGGUCAAGUUUUGUGUUUGAGUCGGCUGGAAGAGACAGUAUGUGAUGCUGACUUUGUGUUUGAAUGUAUACCAGAAGAUUUGGAAAUGAAGAAGGAUCUAUUUGAAAGAGUGUCACAUCUUUGCAAACCAGGAACAAUAAUUGCUACAAAUACACUGAGGUUAAAUGUCACAGAAAUUGUUGAGAGAACAGUAAACAAAGAGCGGACUUUAGGUCUCCGGUUCCUUUAUCCAGUCUUUUACAUACCGGAAGUAGAGAUUACACCGAACAACUACACUUCAGGACAGGUGAUUGAGAAAGUGAGGAGCUUGUUAGAGAAGAUGGGGAAAACGUUGUUUUUUCGCUCUGGAUCAGAACCUCUUAUACUAACAGAAGAUCAAAGAGACGAUAGGAAGAAAGCAAGGCAAGAAGAAAUGAAAGUUAGUUCUGGAAUGGGUACCACUUUUGUUCAUGGAAUACCAAAUUUGAGACAGAUAAGUGUAGAAGGUGGAACCGGUCAUGGUGUACAAGAUAAUAGAGUGUCAACGUCGGACAAUGAUUUAGAUUGUGCAAUAUGUAUGGAUAAAGCUCGAGACUGUGUGAUGAGACCGUGUCACCACAUGGUCACGUGCUACAUGUGUGCCGCCAUGCUGAUCAACAGACGUGAUGGUUGUCCAAUCUGCCGGAAAGACAUUAUAGAAAUUAUACGUGUUUAUAGUGGAUGAAUGCUUAGAGAUAGACAGUUACAUUACUGUACUUCAUUUGCAAUAGUUCAAAAUUUUGUUCAUGUGAUAAAUAGAUUUGAAAAAAUAUCUGCCUGACCGUAUGUACUUUAAACAAGUUCUUUUAACAGAUUGAAAAAAUAUUCCCUCUGACUGUAUGUACUUUAAACAAGUUCUUUUUUAAUUUAUUCAUAAAUUAACGUUCUUAUUUAUGCUCUUUUAUUAAAAAAGAGUUUGAAAAUGCUUUAUACAGAUAUACAUGUAUACAAUUCUCAUUUCUUUUGAAAAUUUAAAUUUAGGAAGAGUAACUUCUCUUUACAUAUUUUGUAGUUAUACAUGAUUGUAUAUAAGUCUCAUUUUUUUGUUGAAAAUUUAAAUUUAGAAAGAGUAACUUCCCUUUACAUAUUUUGUAGUACAUGUAUCUAAAUACAAUUCAUAACUUUAUAUUAAAUGUUUGUCGGCAUAUUAAUUGCGGAAUCAGCCUGACCUUUUGGUUUAUUAAGAUGGGAAUAUAAAGAAUCCCAAGCAACUAUGUAUAUAUUAAUAUCUCUGACUGUCGAUAGUCAAUUCCAUAUAAAAUCUGUUAUUUGUACCUAUAAAAAAUGUGUUUUAAAUCAUUUUUUUCAUUAAAUAUAGAUGAUUAUAGAUCUUUAUAAACAGGCUCACUAAUUUUUAGUUUGAAUUGGUAGCUAUAUUUAGUGUGUUAAUUAAAUUAACUUAGGCAGUUUCAAACAUAUUGAAAUACACAAAGAAGUGGCUUUUACUUCUAUACUUCAAUAUACAUGUACUUUAAUAUACCUUUAUACAUGGGUCCAUGUACAUGUAAUUAACCACAAUGUUUAAGAUACAGGUCAGCGGUUCUAUCCAGGUGCCUUAUACAUGAUGAGGGUCACUAGUGGUCUUCCUCCACUAGUAUAGUUGUUCAACUUGAAAGAUUUCUUGUCUUCAAAUUUUUCAUUUCAAUUUUUUGAUAUAUUUUUUUUUAUCUAGGAAGUUUGUUCAUAUUCA